AUGCGUCAGAACAUCAUCUUCGUCGCGCUCUCCGCGCUCACCGCUGCUGUCGCCGCCCAGUCCUCCAACAGCAACCUCACCGUCCCCGUCGAGUCCGUUGACGUGAACACGAGGAACCAGUGGUGUGUUGCCCAGUAUAACACCUGCAAGAUUCUUUGCAACCAAGGAAAGGAUGUCAAGACCAACGACUGCAAGCCCGACACUCUGAAGUACGAGUGCGCUUGCAAGUCCGGCACCCCCGAACUCGACCAGUACACUCAGACUAUCCCUACUUUCAUGUGCCAGGCUGCCUACUCUGCCUGCAUCGACAGCCACAAGGACGAUGCUAUGGGCCAGGACAAGUGCAAGGAGGACAUCUUUGACAACUGCGGUACCCAGGACCCUACCAAGGCCGAGAUCAAGACCACCUCGUCUGCCGCCGCCACCACUUCCGCUGCCAAGCCCACCGAGACCAAGGGCGCUACCGCCGAGACUUCCGAAGCUGCCGCCGCUUCUUCGACCGCUGUCAGCAGCAGCUUUGCUGCUCCCACCAACGCUGCUGCCUUCCUCGGCAACGGUGUUGCUGCUGUCGCUGCUGGUGUCUUCGCCGCCGCCCUUAUCUAA